AUGACUACUAACGAUGAUGGCUCUAAUCUUAGUGGCGCUGCGGCCCAUGCUGUUUUAACUGCUGCCGAAAUCGCAGGUUUAUACGUUCCUUUUAUUAAUAUGGUGAAAAUUUUGAUUGAUGAAGUUAAAAAAAUUUACGAAGAUGCAGAAUGUAAUAAAGAGAUUUGUUUGAUUAUGGUGAAUAGAGUAGCAAUUGCAGAAUGUGCUAUGAAUGAAAUGUUAGAUUCAAAUAAGAAUGAAAGUUAUUUUCAAAAAUGUUUUUUAUCUUUUAAAAGAUUUGAAAUUGUUUUAAAAAAUAUUAAGGAUUUUACAAAUAAGGUUUCAAAAAUUGAAGGUUAUAGAAAAUUUCUUAACGCAACAGAAAUUAAAAAAAAAUUUGAUAAAUUAAUACAAGAAUAUGAUAUAUGUAUGAAAGAGUUACAGUUUACUAUGGCAAUUGCUAGCGAAAGCCAAAGAAGGCUAGAAGCCCAAAAAGUUGAUAAUUCUCUAAAGAACGUUGAAGAUACUCUCAAGAAUGUUAGUAAUCAGCUCGAUGUGGUUGUUCAAGGCAUGAACAUUUUAAGAUCCCAAAUGGAUGCACAAUCAAACAAUAUUCAUGUUCCAAGAAUUCCUCCAGAUCAUUUGAGUGACCCUUUUGCUUUUACAGAGAGAGAUAUUCGUGGUUCAGAAUCUUAUCCUACUGUUAAGAAAUUUUAUAGAAAUUAUGUGGAUGUUGCAUGUAAAUGUGUCAAAGAUAAAUCGCACGAUUUUGAAAUUGAAUUAGCAAUCCUUGGAAUAUUAGGUCAAUCACAAUACAUUCUCCAUUUUUAUGGUCUUUCAAAUAUUGAUAACCGGGACGUUAUGGUUUUUGAUUGGGCUGAUCAUGGAACAUUAAGAGAGGUCUACAGCUCUUAUGAUAUUCCUUGGACAAGAAAAAUAUGUAUUCUUCGAGAUAUUUGUCGCGGUCUUGUGUUUUUACGAAGUGCAGAUGUUUUUCAUCAUGAUAUGAGAUGCGAAAAUAUUUUCGUACUACACAACUUGGAUCCUAAAAUUGGAAAUUUCAAAUGUGCCCGUAAAGCAGAUGCGAAGACGAGAAAUCUUGAACACUUAGUCACUAACAUUAUUCGUUGGAUGGCUCCUGAACAGAUUAAGAAAUAUAAAGACAAAAGACAUGAUGACAAGAAAUAUCAUUAUACAUUUCAUUGUGAAAUGUUCAGUUUUGGAAUGCUUAUUUGGGAACUUUGUUAUGAAAAAAUGCCUUAUGAAAAUCGAGAUAUUCAAUAUAUAUCAAAUCAUGUUUUAAGUGGUAAUCGAGAAAAACUUUUAACCG